AUGGUGGCCACGGCCGGACACUUUAAAGAAAGAAGCAGAUGUCCGGUGUGUCUGAAUCACCUGGACAUGCCCGACCUGCAGUGUGGCUUCGUCGGCUGCCUCCACUGCACGGUCCUGCAGAAGGAGCCCCAAGGGGAGGGUCUCUUGUGCCCCUCCCGCUCCGUGGUCUCUCAGAAGAAGGACCUCAGGCCCGGUACCCAUCUUGGGAGGCUGGCUUCGAGGAUCAAGGCGCUGGAGCCCCAGCUGACAGCCGUUCUGCAGAUGAACCCGAAGAUGCGCAAGUUCCACGUGGAGGUGACCCUGGAUGUUGACACCACCAACCACUACCUCGUCGUUUCUGAGGACCCGAGGAGUGUCCGCUGUGGGUAUUCCAAACAGAACCGGAGAGUCCGAGCCGAAAGAUUCAACUAUGCCCCGUGUGCCCUAGGCUCCCCUUGGUUCCCCUCUGGCCGCCACUACUGGGAGGUGGACGUGGGGACGAGCAAGGAAUGGGAUGUGGGUGUGUGCAGAGACUCUGCUAAUCGACGGGGGCCAAUUCUACUGUCCGCAGAACUUGGCUUCUGGACGGUGGGCUUGAGAAAAGGAGAGCUCUUCCAAGCCAGCACCAUGCCUGUGACUGUUCUCUAGGGGAGCCCCCGGUUGCACGGACUAGGGAUUUUCCUGUACAUGAAUUUCGGCACCGUUUCCUUUUAUCACAUUAGCGAUGGAUCCCGUAUUUUCACCUUCACUGAAAUUCCUGCUGUGGAGACACUGCGUCCGUUUUUUGCUCUUUUGGAUCCCAUCACGGACGGUCAAGGCUUCCUGAGAAUCUGUCCUGUGAUGAGUCCAGCUCCAGCCGUGGGGUAA